AUGGACGACGAUACAAGUCAUUCCGACACUGUUGACGAGGUAAAACGUGUAUACGAAUCUCUCUGGAACAAGUAUUCUUCCUGGAGCAAGCUUUACAAUCAGAGUAAGCUUUCCGGACUAUCCAGAGCACAAGCACGGCGGAAACUUUCGCUGCAGAAAAAACCAAACCUUCCACAAGCUCAAUCGCCAGACAUAUCCUCUUCCUCAAGUAGUCGCUCGUCCACAACGACCCAUACGUGUACUAUAAUUGAUUUUGACGAUGAUGGAGAACCACAAGAACACACAAUCACCCAGAUCCAACCCACUCCAGUGGAUACAGACAUGUUUUCUCCUUAUCCGCCUUACCAUUCGUGCACCCCUGCAUCACAUAAUAUUAUGGUAGGCGACGAUUCCCAUUAUAUGGAAUUUAUCCCGUUUUCGGAUGACCCAACAUAUGACUAUUCUGUCGAUCUGGAGCUAUAUCACUAUACUUCGUGGCAAAAGUCAUACAUAGAUCCCGAAGAGCAACACAUUCUACUGGAAACAAUCAAACGACUAGUCAGCGAGAACGGCAUGUCUUACCAGACCAUCGACGCAACAAACGUUCUCCCAAUACCAUGCCACGACAUUGUAAACCUAAUACGCAAACGAACAAGGCGCACUGUCAUACCCGGUGCGGGUGUAACAAAAAGUGUGUACGAAGAUGGAAAGGCUGCAGCUGCGCACGCUCAGAAAAAGCAUGCGGGACGAAGAAGUGCUCCUGCUUCCGAGCUCACUUCGAGUGUGACCCGGAAGUAUGCCAUCCAUGUGGAUCAAGAGGAACAUGGCAACGGUCUGUGCAGAAACGUUGGGAUACAAAAGGGGGUAUUUAAGGCUACUGAGGUCAGGGAAAGCGAAUGGGGACUAGGUCUUUUCCUAUCAGAGCCUGCAGAAGAGAAAGAACUCAUCUCAGAAUACGUUGGAGAGAUGAUUCGACCUUUAACGGUCGAGUCUAGAAACUUCCACGCGGAGCACAGAAAUAGGUCGUAUGUAUUUGAUCUCAACCCAACAUAUUCCCUGGACGGUGCAUACGCUGGAAACCAGACGCGGUACAUGAACCACAGUGUAAAAGCGGCAAAUUGCCAUACGAGAGUCAUGAUGGUCAAUGGGGAACAUCGAAUUGGUGUAUACGCAGCACGACGCAUCGAAGAGGGUGAAGAGCUGCUCAUUGACUAUGGAAUUCACUUCUGGCCUUCGGAGUCGAUUUAG